AUGCUGAAAGAAUCUGAUGAGUCUCCUGGGAUGUAUUUAAGAGAUGAUUUCUUGGGCGGUCCAACCGAAUUACGUGCACCAACUGCGGAACGAGCUGCUUUAUUUUUAGACGCUGCAUUAGCCGGACGUACGAGUAGCAUUUAUGAGCCGGCAUUAAUUUUCACUCUGCACGUCUAUCAAUACAGCUUGGCGGGAAAAGGAGGCGUUGCUGGAGGGAGAAGUCGUUUACAUCUUAUUGACUUAGGAGGGUGUGCUAAUCGAAGUGGUGGUUUGCCAUUAUCAGGCAUUGGAAAUGUUGUUUUAUCAAUUUUAAGUGGACAACGCCACACACCAAAUCGAGAACAUCCCCUGACGCCUUUAUUGAAAGACUGCUUAGCACCAUUAACAUGUCACGUCGCAAUCAUCGCUCAUGUCACUCAUUCACAGACUCACACAGAUUCAUUGACGACAAUUCAAUUAGCAUCACGUAUUCAUAGAUUGCGAAGAAGAAAGCAUCGCUUUCCAUUAUCGGGAGAUAAAAGCGGGGGUGGUGGUGGAAAUCUACAAUCAGGCAGUUCAAGUGGUCCCGAUCCAUCGAGUUCUGAUUUCUCUGCUGACACUGUCAUUUAUGUUGGACCAUGCCCUGACGAUGCUACUGACAAUGAACAUCCGCCCGUCUUCCUCCCCAAUCUCAACUCAGGAGAUAAUCGAUGUGCCAUGAAUAAAGUGUUGAAAGGUUCUGUCGUUGAGAAGAAUGUUCUUUGUAAAUCGCCAAUUAAAAAAGUUAAUUCACAAAAACCCAUACAAAGUCCAUCCCACCAAAAGUCUGAUAGUCUCAAAAGGAAUCAAUCAAAAGCUUCACAUGAUAAUUCAUCAUCACAACCUUUAAAUGAUCAUACAGUUUAUGCUCAGGUCGUUACUGCAAAUACAACAAAAAUUGUUGGUGGUGCUUUGAAACAUUCAAGUGUAAGUAAAGGUUCGAAUUUUCCAACACCAAAGAAUUCACCACUUCGUCGUAAUCCAUCAACAACGACACACGAAAGUCCGAAACGAGUGAGUGAAGAGAAAUGGAUUGAUGGGCCGAGAGUGUCGAGACUUAAGGUUGCAGAGGCUCGUCAUUUAAUGCGAGAAAUUAAUCACGUAAAGCAAUGUGAAACGUGGAUUGAUGGGCCUAAUAUAAAGUCAGCAACAACUGCAGUUCCUACUACGAGUCAAGGCACAAGUUAUGGUUACAUGGAUAGUCAUAAGAAGACAAUGAUUCGACAAUGGGUUGAGAAUCAAACAUCACAAAUCUUCCAAUCGACAGGAACUAACACUGCCACAACAACAACCGUUCAAUAUCAUCAAUUUUAUAAGAAUCAACAACAGAAGCUUGAAACAUCACAGCAACCGAAGAAUGACGAUGAUCAUAGUUCAAUAAGCUCAAAGAACGAAGAAUUUGUCAAUCCAUUAACUGCUGGUCUAACGAAUAUUCCAACAGGAACUGUUAAUUUCUCAGAAAGCUCCAUCAAGACUGGCUUGAAACAAACCACCGAUUAUGAUCAAGAUGUUCAAUCUGAAAAGUCAAUGUCACAUGUAAGUGAGACACGACAAUCAGCAACAGGCGGUGGAGACGUUGAAGAAGAAGAUCAAGAUAGCGGACCGUCUGAAGGUCCACCCGCAUUGCCUUUAAUUGACCCUCUUAGCUCGAGAGAAGUUUCACGUCACGUAUCACGAGAGAGUUUAUGUCAAAACGUCAUGAUGAUGGAUUGCGCUCUACAAGUUUCCGAAGACGAUAUCGCAAAAGCGAUGGGAGGUGAACAUCCACUUUCUGCUCUUAGCAAUGGUGACAUUUCUGUUGUUUCAAGCUUUAAUGUUGGUGAUACAUUCAGUGAGUGUGUCAUUGGAGAUUCUGCAAGAAAUCAAUUUGAUCAACUUGCACGAUUACGAGAACUUUUUACAUCACAACUAGCGAUGGCUGAAGUGAUUCCAGCUUUUCGAAUUGGAGAUUCUGGAAGUGUUUAUAGUGAACCGGCAUUUCGUUUUAAUACCGGUCCCGGUAGUGUAUGUAGUGAACCAGUUUAUAGAGCCCCUAGUCCUAGAUGUCGAGACUGUAGACAAUCAAUUAGUCGAACGCCUAGUCAAACAUCUCUUCCGAGCUUAAAUGGAAUUGUAGCUAUAGCUGGAAUGGAACCAUAUGCUUCUUUACGUCAUCCCGAUGGUGCUUCCGAUCCUAACAUUAAAAAGUCUUUAGAGAAUUGCGAAGCAGAGGAGAAAAUUGAAAUUCAUAUCAAAGAGAAUCCUUUAGCUGAGUUAUGUGAGACUGAUUUGAAUGACUCUGUUAAAACUCCGCUGUUAUUGCAUACAAAACCACCCCCACAUCUUCCUUUAUUACCAAUUUCAACACCUGAAGCUUAUGACAGUGGUCAUGAUUCAACGCCGAGAGCUUCAAAGCAUUCUGGAAUAUCAAGACGAGCUGAAAGCGGUUAUCAUUCCGUUGCAACUGUUCGAGAUAGCGACGAAUCAAGCUUCAGUUCGUCAGCGUCACGUCCCAAUCCAAACUCAAAGGAAAAGGAGAAAGAAAAGGAAACAAGUCAGAAAGCAAGUAAAAAGAAGAAUAGACAAGAUAAGUCGCUUUGUCAGUGGUUAAGAAAUCCAUUUACCUGCACUUAUCCCGACACCGAAGGCGACUUGUUUGUUUUCGAUUCUGUUUAUAAAUAUCAAAAAAAUGUAAUGAAAUACGGAAAGAAGUUUGGAUCAGAAAUCAAUUCAUCAGUUAAUCAGUCACAACAUAAUUUGGCAUAA